GGAAGACUAGACACAAGAACAGGCUGUAAGGCUAUGAUUCGAUUCACUGUGGAUAAUGGCGUGUGGAAGAUCAGUCACCUCAACCCAGAUCGUAAUGACGAAGACAAAUUCUUCGAUCAGGUCGACAUAUACCAGCCCACUCUCUUUAGCAAAGGGAAAUCAGAAACAUGUUUGGGACAGCGAUCAGGUGCAUCGCUCGGAAACCAAAACCUCCGAUGAAACCCAUAGAGCUCAAUACCCCACCUGAGCAGACACAGACCAUCACCAGGGCCAUCUUCGACAUCGUCAAGGAGCACGGUCCUCUCACCAUUUCCGAAACCUGGGAUCACGUCAAGAAAGUCGGGUUGAGAGGGUUGACGAGCAAGAGGCACAUGAAGAUAGUGCUGAGGUGGAUGAGGGAGAGGCAGAAGCUCAGAUUGAUAUGCAACCAUGUAGGAGCUCAGAAGCACUUUCUGUACACCACUUGGUUUACAAAGCACAACUUCAAGCAGAAGCCAAAGCCAGCAAGUGAUUCUCCACAACCCAAGUCUCCUUGAAGUCUUACGGAUCUUCUUACUAGCUCAGUAGCUUUGUUCUGAGUUGUAAUGAAAAAUUUGAACUUUUUGCUAUAAUGUAAAGCUUAAGCUAAGUUCUUAGUUGUAAUUAUUUUUUUCUUUUUAACACGUCGGUACAACAACAAAACUUUUUCACAUUAAGUUGGAUCGGUUAAAAAAAAAAGAAUUAUUGACACGUUUGUUAACAUGUCAGUGAUUCUUUAAUUUUACUUUUAA